GAAAAGGUCCGAGUCGGAGACUCAGUGGUCAAGUCAUCGGUUCCUUUGGAGUUUCUGUUGGUGCUCAAGGCCGCGACGAAAACGACCCAGUUUUAAGGUCUCUUGCUCAAAAGGAAACCAAAAAUUUAAAGAACCAGAAGAAGAAGAAGAAGAAGAAACCGAGAGCCAAGAAGAACCAAAAAAAUACAAAAUAAGAGAAUAAAAGAAAACCCGCGAGACAGAGAUUUAGAUACUCAGAUUUAAAGGUUUUUGAGAUUUGGAGAGAUCCAAUUCUCUAAAUCUACAAUGGCGUAUAGAAAAGCAAAGCUGCUGUUUCUAUUAUGCGCUCUAUCUUACGUACUCUCUGUCAUCUCAGCGAAGAGUUAUUAUGAUGUACUGCAAGUACCCAAGAGCGCGUCGGAUGAGCAGAUCAAGAGAGCGUAUAGAAAACUGGCAUUAAAGUAUCAUCCUGAUAAGAAUCCUGGAAAUGAGGAGGCUAAUAAGCGAUUUGCUGAGAUUAAUAAUGCAUAUGAGGUGUUGUCGGAUAGCGAAAAGAGAAAUAUAUAUGAUAGGUAUGGAGAAGAAGGGAUUAAACAGCAUAUGGCUGGCGGAGGGAGAGGUGGAGGAAUGGGAAUGAACAUUCAAGAUCUUUUCAGCUUCUUUGGUGGAGGAGGUUCGAUGGAAGAGGAAGAGAAAAUUGUAAAAGGGGAUGAUGUAAUUGUCGACUUGGAUGCUACACUGGAAGACUUGUACAUGGGUGGCUCUCUCAAGGUAUGGAGGGAGAAAAAUGUGAUAAAGCCAGCUCCUGGUAAAAGACGCUGUAACUGCAGAAAUGAAGUUUAUCAUAAGCAAAUUGGUCCAGGAAUGUUUCAACAGAUGACAGAACAGGUCUGUGAGCAAUGCCAAAAUGUCAAAUUUGAACGGGAGGGAUAUUUUGUCACGGUUGAUAUUGAGAAAGGCAUGCAGGAUGGACAAGAGGUGGUUUUCUACGAAGAUGGUGAACCAAUAAUAGAUGGGGAGCCUGGAGAUUUGAAGUUCCGUAUUCGUACAGCAGCCCAUGAUCGAUUCAGGAGGGAGGGCAAUGACCUGCGCACAACUGUGACAAUAACACUGGUUCAAGCCCUCGUUGGUUUUGAGAAGACCAUUAAACACCUCGAUGAACAUUUAGUGGACAUAGGCACAAAGGGAAUCACUAAGCCUAAGGAAGUAAGGAAGUUCAAAGGGGAAGGAAUGCCUCUGCAUUUCAGCACGAAGAAAGGAGAUCUUUACGUCACAUUUGAGGUUCUUUUCCCCACCUCAUUAACUGAAGACCAGAAGACGAAAAUCAAGGCAACUCUUGGCUAGGGUAUAGAGUUAAUUCUUUUAUUGGGUCCUAAAUUGUUCCCAUUGUAACAAUAGAUUUACAUAGAAAUUCAGGAAAAAACAUCGAGGCUUCUGUUUUGUCAACUACCUUGUUAAGUAGCAAGUAACCAUCAUACAAAUUAAUGCAGCUGUUUUUUUGCCCACUUGAUCCA